GAUUACCUUGUCAUAUUUGUAUAUUGUAUUUGCAUAGAAAUAUUGUGUGUGAAAGAAUGCAGUGAGAGAUAGAUACAUUCUGUCAGAAACGAAGAUAUACUUUACGUUUGUUUCCGUCUUGCCCGCCUUGAACAGAGCCACAAGCAUUCCAUCUAGAGUUCCAGAGAAAACAUCCAUCGGCAAACUCAUCUCAAGAUGUCCCGACCAUGCAACCAAUCACGGCACACUCCAUCUCGCUGACCCCGUAUCUUAUCCUAUUACCUCGGUUUAAUUCUCCCCAAGCCAUCGAACCAAUACUAAUAUCACGUCCUCCCCAAAAUCCGGGGAAAUGUCCCCUUCUUCUUUCUCCCUCCCCAACAUCGGAACUGCCAAUAUCACAGCCAUCAUCGCCACAUCUUCCCUCUACGCUUACUUGAUCGCACUACAUCAACACCAGCAGAAAACAUUGUUAGCCGACCAGGAACGUGAGCAAGAACGCGUACGGCUAUCUCAAUCGCAAUCGCAAUCGCAAUCUCAGAGACAGAAAAGCCAAACACAACCUCCAAGUUCACGAGGAGGACACGCCGAAUCGCAAAGUUCGAGUGGAAGUAGAACACGAAGAUAUUCUGAGAGUCAAUCGCAGAUUGGAAAUCGAGACCAGAGACAAUACAACAGUUCCACUCCCCAGCCCAAUUCAAAUACACGCACAACCACAUACCGACCCCCCCCUUUCGCCAAAAUGUCCAAAACCUUUUCUCCUUCCGAGGUUGCCGCUCACAAAGAUGCUGAAAAUGGCAUGUACUUAAUUAUCGAUGAGAAUGUGUAUGAUGUUACCAAUUUCCUUGAAGAACAUCCAGGCGGUGCGAAGAUUCUCAAACGUGUUGCGGGCAAAGAUGCUUCGAAACAGUUUUGGAAAUAUCAUAAUGAGAAUGUGUUGAAGAAAUAUGGGGAGAAAUUGAAGAUUGGAGCGGUGGGCGAGAAGGCUAAGUUAUAGAUUGAUAAAUUUUUGAGAUGGUUGAGAAGAUGACUGGAUUGGAGUUUGGGUAUUGGAAGUUUGGGCAAGGGCAAAGGGGGUGGGGAGUGCAAGCAGAAUGUUGUGGAGGAAGUAGAUAUCGGAUGAUUAUAUACAUGCAUGCCCAUGAGAUGAGAUGAGAUGAGAUGAGAUGAAUUGGGAUAAUAGAAGGUAACAAGAGAUGAGAAGAGAAGAUAUACGCAUACCUGGUAUACAUACAUCAGAUGUGUAUUGUAGAAAGAAUGAGUUCAAUAGACA